AUGAAUUUAGGUACUAAUUUUGUUUUAAAUCAAAGUUUUAAAUCAUUAAAUAAACUGCUAGCAGCCGGAAAAUAUGAUGAAGCAGAGGCUAAACUCGAAGAUAUAUCGAAUUCGCUUUCUACUUCAGAUUUUGAUCCAAAAAACAAAAAAGGUACCUUGUCUCUUCUUUUAAACAAUUGUCUCCCAUUAACAUCUCACGAAAAUCUCAAAAUACGCUUACAUGCACAGAAUAUUCUUAACCAUUGGUCUUCACUUGUAACAUCAUUUUUGCCUAAGGUACUUAUUGAUGCUUUUGCUAAUAUUGAUGCGUCCCAACUCAAAUCCGAAGCGCACGCGGCUAUAUUUACCUUCUUUACUCAUGCUUUGCGCUGUCUUCAACACGAUAAUCGUCUUGAAUAUCUCGGCAUUCUUCAUUCUCUGUUGCUUUCAUCAAAACCGGACCUACUUGUUGGAAUAUCAAUUAAUAUUUGGUCUUUGUUGAGAGAAACCUUGACGAUUUCAAAUAUAAUUUCAAUUUUACCAGUUUUAAUGAAUUCUCCGCUUGCAGAAGAAGUAGCAUUCCUCUGUGAGAAGUCACCCGACCCUCUUUACAAUACAAUUCUUGCAAAAGCAAAUUUUGAAUUUAUUAAACAAACAUUACAAUACUGGCCGUUAACAAAGCACGUAGAUUUAUCUAUAUUAGCACCGCGUUUGAUUACAGCCUUUGAAAGCAAGAAUUCAUCAGAAAUUUCCACUGCAAUCGAAAUUUUAACUCAAUUAGUACAAAGAGUCAACAAACUAUCCGAACUUGACUACAAAGAGCAAUGGGGACAAUUAAUAACUCAUUGUCAAAAGCUUUGGGAGGGAUCUGCAACGAUUGCUCAAAAAGCAGCGUUAAUUGACCUUCUUUCUGCAGUAUCCUUCAUUCCGAACUCACAUCUCGAGAGUUUACUCAUCUUUGACGAGAGUAUUCCAACACCAAUCAAAAUUUCAAUCAUAAAACUUUGUUCUCACUUCAUUCGCGACGGCAAGAUACCUAAAGGACUCUUUAAGUUCAUAGAGGACCAGCUCGCACAACGAGAUCCCCUUAUUUUCGUAGCAAUUCUCGAUUUUCUCGCAAUAUCAUUUAAUGAUCUCCACAAAUUAUCACCACAGCGCACAGAAAACAUCUUAAACCACGCUCUUACACCAUUAUCACAAUACUUUGUUGAGCAAAUUUCAAUUCUUCACCUUUUACAGUCAAUAGAUUACAAAACUACAGGAGUUAAGAUAGAUAUCGUCUCAAUACUGCUUAAUUUCCUCAAUAACCCGCAUCCUUCUUUGAUCCCUGAGCUCAAAAAGACAGUACAAGAUUUAAAUAUCAACUUACCGCUGACACAACUCGAUUGGAUUGGAAGUGGAACGAUGAUUCUGCAGGUUAUAUCCAAAUGUGACCCUUCUUUCAUCAACGAACUGAUCGAAUCUGGAAUUGUUACUCCAUCAUCGUAUUCUUCAGCGGUAGAGAUCAUUAUUAACAACCUUCCUACAGACAAAACUGCCUGGAUUUUCGCACAGAGGGCUCUGUAUGUCGUAGGAAAGGCUUUAUCCGUAAUUGGUCAAGAUUAUAUCGUAAAACUUAACAAUUUAUUCUCGAAAGAGUGGAGAUGCAUCACUGAACCAAUACCAGAAUUGGUAAAGGUCAUCAAUAAGAACCUCAAACAAACUGUUUUCGGAAGUAUUUUAUUAUCUUCUCUACAACUGUUUGUAAGAGGCAUGGAAUACGGUGAAUAUCACUUCCAAGACAUAGAAACAAUGUAUUCCAUAGCUAUUGAUAUCGCUCCAGCUUUCUGUGACGAAGCUUGCAAGAUUGCAGUUUUUAUGCACCAUACUUUUAGAGCUUCUAAAGAUAAUGGCGACAAAAAGAAAGAGAAGAGAAUGAUUGAACUUGUUACUAAGUUCUUUUUUCAAAUGCUGCCGUUCGAUUGGUCGAAAGAAAUUACAGAAGCCGCAUUAAACUGUAUAACUCGACAAGACGUUAUCAAAUACCUUCCAAACCAUGUAAUAGAGAGUUGCCUUACUUCCCCGGAUAUUCUUCAAUGGUAUUUGGGUGAAAAUCCUAAGGAAAUGCCCCCUAUUUCCCCUGUUUUCAUUCAAAUCGACGAUAAAGACGAUAAAACUCAUAAUUACAUCACACGGUGUAUCAAAGAAUUACCAUUUAAUGAAUGGAAAUUAACUGAUUAUUCCGGAAAAAAGAUCGAAAAAAUGCAAGGAAUAGUUGUUCCGAGUUACGACCAAUUGGAUUAUCAGCAUCGUAAGCUUGUAGAUCAGUAUCCUGCCAGUUUUGUAAUCCAGCAGCAGAAGAAAGAGCGUAAGGAUAUCGAUUUCAAGCUAGAUGUCACUUUAAAUGUCCAAAAAGAAUUUAAAGGCGAAUUUAAGGGGUAUGAAUCGCAAGAAGCCAUUCUCAAAGGAGAGACAUGCGAAUUUAAUUGCUCAUUCAACCCAUACCCACAUGAAGAAAAGCCUUCUUUAGUCUCUUUGGUCAACUUCUUGUGGUUCUCAUCUAGAAAAGUGACACAAGAAGACUUUACAACUAUUGAAAAUUCUUUAUUACCAUUUGCAAGUCGUCCACGUGUUGCAGCCUCAUUUAUGUCAUAUGCAUUGAGGCACAACAUGCCAAUAAAGGCAUCAGAAUGGGCUUCUUUAGUCAGAUUGGACGCCAGAAGUGAUUCUGAUCUUAUUGCCUUCGGAUGCUUGACUUUGCUUGGAAAUAAAGAUGCAUCAGAACCAGAGAAGCUUCUCCGAAAGGAUAUUUCCCAGUUAUUGGGUCUUAACUACGAUGAUGCAACAGAAUUUGCAAUUAAAGCUUGUUUACUCGAUAGCGCGAAAAGAUUUGCUGCCGAUGCGAUUCUCUGUAGUGAAAGAGAACGAUUCGCUGAUGUUCCAUCCAGCCAAAUCGUCAUGAAAGACAAAGAAACAAUAGUUGAAAAAUUUGAUGAAAUUAUGUCACUUUUCCAGUCACCUUUUGCUUCUUCUUCCAUGUUAGCCAUAUCGUCCAUGUUGUUUGAGCAUCAGAUUGACUCUCCAUAUGUCAACUUUGAUGUUCCUCCCAAUAUUCCUAACGUCGGAUUCCUUUAUAAACCGAGAGUUGGAGUAUCCAAGCCACAACAAGACGAAUUAGCACUGAAUGCAGCUGAAAAGUUCGUCAAUGCAUUCUCUGAUGAGAAUUCUUCAGACGAAUUCCUUCCAAACAUCAUUGCUGCUUCAAAAUUAUCUGAUGAUCAGGUUUCUAAGUUCGUUCAGUCGAUAAAUAGGAUAGGAAAGUCUCACAGAUUGUCUUGCUUGAGGAUUGCCGUCAAUCCUUUCGAAGAAAACGCUGAAGAUGAUCUGAAAUUAUUGGAAAUUCUUCCGCCAAGCUAUUCUCGUGAAGUAUUGGUUAAUUUCAUCAGAGCAAGCACGUUGUCUUAUGCAAAUAAGGACCAUAUCAAGAAAUUGACGAAGAAAAUAAAACCAAUUUUCACAGAAUUGCUUCCAAGUGGCGGAUCCAAGAUCAAAAGAGACAUCGGAUGCAAGAGAUUAAAGGCAUUCGAAGAAGCAGGAGCGUUCUGCGAUCCUUUGAUACCUUCUAUGUUCGAAUUCGCAAAAGAAGCAAUGCAGAAGUGCGAAACACAUACUUUGGUAUCUAUUCCAAGGAUUCUCAUGCAUACGAAGCAAGAAUUGUCGAUUCUUUUCGAUAAAUCUGGAAAUAAAUCUGAGAUAUCACCUCAAACUCCAACGAAAUCGAAUGAUUCCGACAAAUCACCAUCUAAAACAGAAGAUACAUCAACUGAAUCCCCUCAAAACUCUCCUCAAAAACCAAAUCAAGAAAAUUCCGAAGAAAAAAUUGCAGAAAAUGAAGAAGAAAAGCCAAAAGAAGCCGAAAUCAAUGAAGAACAAACUGUUAACGAAGAAGUUAACGAAGAAACUACAGAAAAUAAAGAAGAAAUUCCCGAAGAAGAGAAAAUCGAAAUAAAUUCUUAUCAGGAGUUCUCCAAAUUGGCUUUAAGCAUUGCCGUUUCAAAGUACAGAUACAUGUUUACUGUAACAGCCCUUGUUAAAGCUCUUAGAGAGAAAUUAACCGAAGAUGAGCUUUAUGAAGCAGUAAUUUCCAAGAAAUUAUAUCAGAGAAGGAAUAUUGCUGCUAUUUAUAUCAUUUGCAUCCUUAGUUUCCCAUCAAAGAAGAAAGAAUUUUCUGAAUUAGUUACAUCUUCUAUUUUGAAUGAAGCUUUGGCCUGUGAAAACAAGACACAGGGCUUAAACAUCAUCCUUCAGCAUAAUAUCGAUGAAGAAAUCCCAGAAGAGGAAGAAGAAUCCGAAGAAGAAGAAAAGAAGGAAGAAACUCAACAACCGCCAGAAAAUACUAACGAUGAGACACAAAAAAUUGAAGAAAAUGAUAAAAAAGAAAAAGAAAAUUCCGAUGAAGAUUCGGAUAUAGCUAUUAAGAACUAUUAA